AUGCCACCCAAUUUCAUCAAACCCCCCAUCCGAAUCCUCGUGCAAACCCUCACCCACCUCGUCCGGGGCCACCGCAACCCCGACAAACGCAUGUUCAUGCUCAACCUCAUCUGCCGAUACCACUGGAACCGAAACUUUUCACCCGCCGAGCACCGCUGGACCACCUACAAUGAUUUUUUUGCCCUCAGGGAUCAACCCUGCUUCUUUGUUCUCGAUUACGGCCAGGCUCCUGAUGAUGCUGAGGUGCGGGUGCUGUCUUAUGUGUGGGAUGGGCGGACUUUAGAAUACGCGCCAUUCUUCAAUCAAGAUCCAUUAAUCCAAGCCAAGGUGAAUGGGAUUCCGUUUGGACAGCGCCCGCCGCGGACGGAGGAAACCCGUCCCAAGCGAGAAGUUAUCAGAUUGAAGCUGGCUAGGGAUAUUGAGCUGGAGGAUGAGGAGUUCAGGUAUAUGCGUGAACAUCCGGAGGAUGCGCAGUGGGUGAGGGAUAAUGUGGGGGUGGAGUUGUGGUGGAAGUAUAAUGAGGAGGAGAUGUUGCGGACGGGGUGGGGGGUGGUGGUGGUGGUGGUGGUGGUGGUUUGGGGGUUCAAUCGGUUGUUGAUGAGAAUGCUUUUGCUGGGUUGUGGAGAUGAAAUGAUUGUGUUGUUGAGGGGAUGUUUCGUACGUGCAGGGAUUAUGGGCGGUGGGGGGUUCCCUUGA